AUGUCACGUCAUUUCCAUUUCGCUCGCAAAGGGAAUUGAAACGGAAAAGUAGGUCGACGGUAUUGAUUUUUACAAUAUUCGGCAAACAAAAGACGUGUCUCUCGGUGUCGCACAGAAGCAAUAACGUUCCUGUGAUCCAGCCAGUGGGGGAGCUCCAAAAAUGCCUGACGCAGAGUUAGCAGCGCCCACCGUUGAAAAUGUACGCGUGGUGGUCAGAGUCCGUCCAAUGGACCAGAAGGAGACGUUGGAGAACUCCUACAACUGCGUCUCAGUGGAUCCGGUGAACCACACAGUUGCUGUCACCCGUAACAAUGUCACACCACCCGAGCCGCCAAGGAUUUAUGCCUACGAUGCUGUUUUUGACAGUAACGUUAGCCAGAUGGACAUCUACGUGCAGACGGCCAAUCCAAUAGUAGAAGAGGUGUUGAAGGGCUACAAUGGCACCAUAUUCGCGUACGGGCAGACUGGCACCGGCAAAACUUACACCAUGGCUGGAUCCAACAGCGCACCAGAACUGCGCGGGAUCAUACCAAACUCCUUCGCGCAUAUAUUCAGCCAUAUCGCGCGCGCGAAUGAUGAUGAGAAAUUCCUGGUGUGCGUGACGUACCUGGAGAUCUACAACGAGGAAGUCCGCGAUCUCCUCGGCAACAACCCGCACCAGAGCCUCGAGGUCAAGGAGCGGCCUGACAUCGGUGUCUUCGUUAAGGACCUCACUGGUUACGUAGUCCACAACGCAGACGAGCUAGAAAAGAUCAUGGCGGUUGGAAACAAGAACCGCCAUAUUGGAGCCACGGCCAUGAACACUGAGAGCUCAAGAUCGCACGCCAUAUUCUCCAUCACCGUGGAGUCCAGCAAGAAGGGAAACGACGGGAAAGUCCACGUCAAGAUGGGGAAACUGCACCUUGUUGAUUUGGCGGGCUCCGAGCGCCAAAGCAAGACGCAAGCCACCGGCACUCGCCUGAAAGAAGCCACCAAAAUCAACCAGUCGCUGUCAGUGCUAGGCAACGUCAUCUCCGCUCUAGUGGACGGAAAAUCCACACACAUCCCGUACAGGAACUCGAAGCUGACUCGACUGCUGCAAGACUCGCUUGGAGGCAACUCCAAGACUGUUAUGAUAGCCACCAUCGGCCCAGCGGAAUGCAACUACGUGGAGACCAUCAGUACAUUAAGAUACGCGAACCGAGCGAAGAAUAUUGAGAACAAGACGCAUGUUAACAGCGAGCCGGGAGAUGCACUGCUCACCAGAUUCCAGCAAGAAAUCGAUCAGCUCAAGAAGCAACUUGAAGAGAGUGCAAAUGACGUGGAGGAAGAAGAAGAAGAAGAAAUAACAGAAGAAGAACUAUCCGACGACACGCUCACGGAGCCCGAGAUGGAUUCCCUCGACCCUGAGGAAAAGAAAAUGCGCCGCAAGAUGAGGAGAGAAGAGAAGGAAAAACUGAACCGAGAGAAGGCACACCAAGCCAGGAAAGUUCUGGAAGAAAAGAAAGCAGAGCUCCAGAGAACUAAGAAACAGCAGGAAGAGCUGAAAGAGAAGCUACAGCGCCUUGAAUCCAAGGUGCUGGUAGGCGGAGAGAAUCUCCUGGACAAGGCGGACGCACAGCGCCGUCUUCUAGAACAAGCUGCUUAUGAACUCGAGCAACGGACGCUCAACGAGCUGCGACUGCAGAAGGACUUGCAGAAGAAAGAGGCUGAAAGGCUCGACUUAGAAGAGCGAUACUCCAGCCUCCAAGAAGAAAACGCUGCCAAAACCCGAAAAUUGAAACGCGCCGUGCAACUGCUCAACUCGGCCAAGGCAGAAUUGGCUGACCAACAGAGAGAACAGCAGAGAGAGAUGGAGGGAAUAUUAGAUAGCGUCCGAGCGCUGAAGAGAGAGAUACAACUCGCCGAUCUUGUAUUGGACUCGUACAUCCCUAAGGAAUAUCAGGCGUUGAUCGACCAGUACGUGCACUGGAACGAGCAGCUGGGCGAGUGGCAGGUGAAGUGCGUGGCCUACACCGGCAACAACAUGACCACGCCGCACCUGCCGCCGCCCGCCGCCGCCGCCGCCGCCGCCGCCGUCAAAUACAUGGAGCCCCCAGACCUGUCGGACCGCUACCUGUCGUACGCGCACGUCAACAACCGCCCCGCGCGUCCUCACACGUCCGUGCCACGCCCACACACUGCCACGCUGCGCCAGCGUCAGUGAACUUUGGGCCUUGGCGUCUUGAUAUAAGGUCGAAGAUCCCUUGCUCCAAAGUAUGCAGUCUGGGACCUCACCACCGCUGCAGUAAUUUCGAAAAUUCAAGACAUUAGUAUAAUUUAACCAAAUAUUUACUCUAAUGUAACCCUAGAUCUCACAACCGAGAGGUUAUUUUUAUGUAGCCCUUGCCAGUAGAGUCUGCUAGUAGUAACCAAAUAACAAAAUUUUGAUUUAUUUUAAAAUAAAAUAAAAAAUACUUGGGUGUUGGAAAUUAAAAAAAAAAUACUAAAAUAUUAACAUUCAAAGGGCCGUCCGCUCAAAAAAAAAUGUUGGCAAUAUAGUGUUAUGCUAUAUUGACAAUAUUCGGUAACAAAUUUUGUGAUAUUCAGCUGAGAAAAGAAAAAAUAAGAGCUUAAUGCCCAUGACAAGUCAAAUCAGCCCCCCUAGACAAGUGGCAAAAUGUGACAGUUUUAAUGUCGAAAGAUGGUCGAAAGGCCUUUUUUGUAUAGAGUUACAUCGCUCCGUGAACGAAUUUUUUGUCGAUUCGAUCAAUAAGUGUCACUUGGCUAGUUCACGUUGCUUUUUUUUAUUUUCAAGACAGCGGACUGCCUUAGUAUUUUUAUAAUAUUACGCUCAUAAAGAAACGAUCGUGUUAAAUUUAUAUUUUGUUUUUAUUUUGUGUUUAAAGCAGAUUAGCAAAUUUUGUAUUGAAAUUAUAAUUAUUUAUGUUAACACUUAUGCUAGUCACAUUCCAGUGAUAUAUGACUGAGGUCAUACUACCAGAGCUAGUACAGUACGGCUAGCACGAAAAACUUUCGAGUUCAAAUCGUUUGCGUACUCGAAUCGCCAUCAAAAGAUUUAGUAAGAAAACUACAAUAGCGCCCUUGUGAACGUGUUAUAAAGUGAACUUAGUAUGAGAUAUGGUUGCACGAAACUUAUUUUGAGAAUCAAAAUUGUCACGUUAUCGUUUAAUUCGAAGAUUGAGUAUCGAAUUUUAUCGAAUACGCAAACGAUUCGAAGACGAAAUUUGUUCAUGCUAGAGGUAGGUCAGAUACUACAGAUGACGGUACAUCAAAGUAAACACUGUGAGUGAGGACUUAUACAGGGUGAAAUUUUAUCUUCUGCAUCCUUUUAAAAUAAGACUCUACUAAUGAUAUUAGGGGAAACAGCUAUGUAUCAUGAGUAGAGUCUUUAUAUUAAAAGGACAGAUGCCAAUGAUUUAAAUUUCACCCUGUAUAGUAGUAAUGAAAGUGAUAUUGUAACAAAAAUGUAUCGUCAGAUGUGGUGUGUGGAUUCGUACAUGCAGUAUUUCUGCAUCUACUUAUUUAUAUGGUCAGCGAAGAAAGUAAUAAAUAAAAACGUCAAUAUUGCUUUCCAAUAUUGUGUGACACGUUUCCAAUAUUGCUUAAGCUAAUAAGUUUUUAAUACAAAAAAUGAUCUGGUAGUAUGGUUUUAGUUUAAGCCCAAGCUUUUGUAUUGUCAGUAUUACGGAAUAUUGUGCACAAUAUUGUGAUAUGUAUGGCACUUAUUUAUGUUUUUGUAGUGCAAUUUUAUUUAAAUAAAAGUUUUUUACGAUA